AUGAUGUCCUAGGAAUCAGUGACCUUUGAAGAUGUAAUAGUGCAUUUCACCCGGGAAGAAUGGGCCCUACUGGAUACAUCUGGGAGAAUUCUGUACAAAGAUGUGAUGAUGGAAAAUAUCAGUCAUCUGGUAUCUCUUGGGUAUCAGCUCUGCAAAUCAGAUGUAAUUUUCCAUUUGGAACAAGAUAAAAUGCUGUGGAUGGUGAAAGAAAGAGCAUUUUUCCAAGGCUGGAGUCCAGUUGUUAUAGGCAGGGAAAGUACACCUGAAAAACAAGAAAUGAUACUCACACAACACAUGAGUAAGAAGAACAGAGCUAUCAGUUCAAUGAAUUCUUAUAUUCAAGAAGAUCAUUUUAAAUGCGAUGAUUUGGGAAAAGAUUUGACUCACAGCUCUGCAUUGCCUCAAAAUGUAUUAAUUCAAACAUCAGAAAAACCCUUUGUCAACAAACUGUGUGGAAAAUCCCUUAGUGACUGCUUAUGCCUUAAUCUACACAAGAAAAAUCAAGCAAAAGGUAAAUCAUAUGAGUGUCAUUUAUGUGGGAAAGCCUUUAAUAAUUGUUCUUACCUUAGACAACAUAUGGUGAUUCAUACUUCAGAGAGGCCAUAUGAAUGCCAUCUGUGUGGGAAAACCUUUAGUCAGUGUUAUAGAUUUAUGGAACAUGAGAGAACUCACACUGGAGAGAAACCAUAUGAAUGCCAUCUCUGUGGGAAAACCUUUUGUCAGUCUUACAAACUUACAGUACAUGAGAGAACUCACACUGGAGAGAAGCCAUAUAGAUGUCACCUGUGUGAAAAAUCCUUCAAUAAAUCUUCUACUCUUAAAGAGUAUGAGAAAACACACACUGGAGAGAAUCCAUAUGAAUGCCACCUAUGUUGGAAAGCUUUUAGUAAUUGCUCUAACCUUAGAAAACACAAGAUGAUUAAUACUGGAGAGAGGCCAUGUGAAUGUCAUGUGUGUGAGAAAGCCUUCAAUCAACCCUCUGAUCUUAGACAGCAUAAGAGAACGCACAGUGGAGAGAAACCAUACAAAUGCCAUCUGUGUGGGAAAGUUUUCAGUCAAUCUUCGUCUCUUAAACAACAUGAGAGAACACAUACUGGAGAGAGACCAUACGAAUGUCAUCUGUGUGAAAAAGCCUUUAGCAGAUCUUCUUUCCUUAGACAGCAUGAGAGAAUUCAUACUGGAGAAAAACUAUAUGAAUGCCAUCUGUGUGGCAAAACCUUCAGUCAGUCUGCUUCCCUUAGGCAACAUGAGAGGACACACACAUAA